CUACAGUGAAAACCUCCACAUUAGCAGCAGAGAUGGCCUGUCCCUGGAAGUUUCUGUUUAAGGCCAAAUCCCACCAAUAUGAUUUGUCUGAGGAAAUAGAUACCAACAACAACUACAUGGGAAAAGCUAUCCGAACUCUCUCCAGUCCAGUGACACAGGAUGACCCCAAGUGUCACAGCCAUGGCAAGCAGUGGAAGGAGUCUUCUCAACCCCCCAGGGGGACAGAAAAGAAGUCUCCAGAAUCUCAAGUCAAGCCAGAUGUGCUGCCAUUGGCAUGUACCCAGACUGUGAGGAUCAAGAACUGGGGCAACGGAAUGAGUUUCCAAGACACACUGCACCACAAAGCCAAAAGGAAUCUCUCUUGCAAGUCCAAGUCUUGCCAGGGAGCCAUCAUGAAUGCCAAAAGUUUGACCAGGGGACCUAAGGACAAGCCUACCUCCCCAGAUGAACUUCUACCUCAAGCUAUUGAAUUUGUCAACCAGUAUUACAACUCCUUCAAAGAUGCAAAAAUAGAGGAACAUCUGGCCAGGGUGGAAGCAGUAACAAAGGAAAUAGAAACAACAGGAACCUACCAGCUGACGGAAGAUGAGCUCAUCUAUGCCACAAAGCUAGCCUGGCGCAAUGCCCCCCGCUGCAUAGGGAGGAUCCAGUGGUCCAACCUCGAGGUCUUUGAUGCUCGGAGCUGUACCACUGCCCGGGAAAUGUUUGAGCACAUCUGUAGACACCUACGCUAUGCCACCAACAAUGGCAACAUCAGGUCUGCCAUCACCGUAUUCCCCCAGCGCACUGAUGGGAAGCAUGACUUCCGGGUCUGGAAUGCUCAGCUCAUCCGGUAUGCCGGCUACCAGAUGCCUGACGGCACCAUCACAGGGGACCCUGCCAGCGUGGAGUUCACCCAGCUCUGCAUCGACCUGGGCUGGAAGCCCAAGUAUGGACGCUUCGAUGUGGUGCCACUGGUCCUGCAGGCUAAUGGCCAAGACCCUGAGCUCUUUGAAAUUCCCCCUGACCUAGUGCUCGAGGUGCCCAUGGAACAUCCUAAGUAUGAGUGGUUCCAGGAGCUAGAGCUAAGGUGGUACGCGCUGCCUGCAGUGGCCAACAUGCUGCUGGAAGUGGGUGGCCUAGAGUUCCCAGGCUGCCCUUUCAAUGGCUGGUACAUGGGCACAGAGAUUGGGGUCCGAGACUUCUGUGAUGUCCAGCGCUACAACAUCCUAGAGGAAGUGGGCAGAAGGAUGGGCCUGGAAACACACAAGCUGGCCUCACUCUGGAAAGACCGGGCUGUGGUCGAGAUCAAUGUUGCUGUGCUCCACAGUUUCCAGAAGCACAAUGUGACCAUCAUGGACCACCACUCGGCUGCAGAGUCUUUCAUGAAGUACAUGCAGAAUGAGUACCGAACCCGAGGGGGCUGCCCCGCCGACUGGAUUUGGCUGGUCCCCCCAAUGUCGGGGAGCAUCACCCCUGUGUUCCACCAGGAGAUGAUCAAUUAUAUCCUGUCGCCUUUCUUCUACUACCAGGUGGAUGCCUGGAAGACCCACACCUGGCAGGACCAGAAGCGGAAACCCCACAGAAGAGAGAUUCAGUUCAAAGUCUUGGCUAAAGCCGUACUCUUCACCUCUAUCCUAAUGCACAAAUCCAUGGCAUCCCGAGUCAGAGCCACAAUCCUCUACGCAACAGAAACAGGAAAAUCAGAAACGCUGGCACGGGACCUGGGGACCUUGUUCAGCUGUGCCUUCAACCCCAAGGUCCUCUGCAUGGACGAGUACUCGCUGAGCAGCCUGGAGGAGGAACAGCUGCUGUUGGUGGUGACCAGCACAUUUGGGAAUGGGGACUCCCCCAGCAAUGGAGAGAAACUGAAGAAAUCCCUCUUCAUGCUGAAAAAGCUCGCCAAUAAGUUCAGGUAUGCUGUGUUUGGUCUUGGCUCCAGCAUGUACCCUCAAUUCUGCGCCUUUGCUCAUGACAUCGACCAGAAGUUGUCCCACCUGGGGGCCUUUCAGCUCACCCCAAUAGGGGAAGGAGAUGAGCUCACUGGACAGGAAGAGGCCUUCCGAGGCUGGGCCGUGCAAACCUUCAAGGCAGCCUGUGAGAUAUUUGAUGUCCAAGGCAGGAACCACAUUCAGAUCCCCAAGCUCUACACCUCCAAUGCAAACUGGGACCCGAACCACUACAGGCUGGUGCAGGACUCACAGCCCUUGGAUCUCAUCAAAGCUCUCAGCAAGAUGCACUCCAAGAAUGUAUUCACCCUGAGGCUCAAAUCCCAGCGGAAUCUACAGAGUCCGAAAUCCAGCCACACCAUCCUCUUGGUGGAACUCUGCUCUGAGAGCAACCAGGGUCUGAGCUACCUGCCUGGAGAACACCUCGGGGUCUUCCCAAGCAACCAGCCGGUGCUGGUCCAAGGCAUUUUGGAGAGAGUGGUGGAUGGCCCUGCACCGCACCAACCUGUGUACCUGGAGAACCUGGAUGAGACUGGCAGCUACUGGACCAAGGACAAGCGGCUACCCUCCUGUUCCCUCAGCCAGGCCCUCACCUACUUCCUGGACAUCACCACCCCCCCAAGCCAGCUGCUUUUGCGAAAACUGGCCCAGCUCACCACCGACGGGGCUGAGAGGCAGAGGCUGGAGGAGCUGUGCCAGCCCUCAGAAUACAACAAGUGGAAGUUUGCCAACAGCCCCACCUUCCUGGAGGUGCUGGAGGAGUUCCCGUCCCUGCAGGUGCCUGCUGGCUUCCUGCUCUCCCAGCUCCCUCUGCUGAAGCCCCGGUACUACUCCAUCAGCUCCUCCAGGGAGCACAUACCCACUGAGGUCCACCUCACCGUGGCUGUGCUCACCUACCGGACCCGAGGUGGCCAGGGCCCCCUGCACCAUGGCGUCUGCAGCACAUGGCUCAGCAGCCUAGAGCCCCAAGCCCCAGUGCCCUGCUUCGUGCGCAGUGCCAGCAGCUUCCAGCUCCCCAAGGACGCCUCCCAGCCUUGCAUCCUCAUCGGACCAGGCACAGGCAUCGCUCCCUUCCGCAGUUUCUGGCAGCAGCGACUCUAUGAAGCUGAAAACAAAGGCCUCCAGGGGGGCCGCAUGACCCUGGUGUUCGGGUGCCGCCACCCGGAUGAAGACCACCUCUACAGAGAGGAGAUGCUGGAGAUGGCCCGGAAAGGGGUCCUGCAUGAGGUGCACACAGCCUAUUCUCGCCUGCCCGGCCAGCCCAAGGUCUAUGUCCAGGACCUGCUGCGACAGCAGCUGGCCAGUGAGGUGCUCCGUGUUCUCCACGAGGAGCAGGGCCACCUCUACAUCUGUGGGGGUGUGCGUAUGGCCCGAGACGUGGCCUGCACCCUGAAGCAGCUGGUGGCAUCCAGGCUCAGCUUGAGCGAGGAGCAGGUGGAGGAUUACUUCUUCCAGCUGAAGAGCCAGAAGCGCUAUCAUGAAGAUAUCUUUGGUGCCGUGUUUCCCUACGAAGUGAAAAAGGAUGAGGCAGCGGGGCAGCCCUGCCAUCCCAGUGCUCCAGCGGCCCACACGAGGGGCUGAAAGUACAGGCACAGAAUCUAAUGAUGGAAGCGGCUCUCCAUCACCCACCAUCACAGGGCCUGGGGCGGUGGGGGAGCCUAUGUCGCCGCACUUCCCGUCUUAUGUCCCUGUCUCCUUACUCCUCCAAGUGCCUGACUUGACUUGCUACCACAUAGCAGCUUGGACUGAGUGCAGCUUCCUUUGAGCCCACCCUCCCCAGAUGAUGGAGGGUUAGGACCUUCCCCUGUCCUUGGAGAGACUGAUUCUAAAGCAAGGAACCUUCUUCUGGUUGCAUCAUGUCCAGUGACCACCAGGAGGCGCUGUCACGCCACCCUGCAUUUAGCUGCUCUGUGUACAGUUAUUUUUAUUUAUGUCUCUGUAUUUAAAACAAAACAACCCUGUUUGCUCCUGAGUACUCAUACCUUCUCUGUCUGGCUCCUUGAUGGAGAUAUGUAUUAAAUAUAUUUUUAUUUUAACCACA